CGCUGGCGUCGCCGGCCGCGCCAGCCGCGUGGGCAGCCGGCGUGUACUCCUCCACUCGCUCCACUCCUCUAUGACGCGCGGUCAGGUGACCAGUGACGACACCGCGUGGCACACGUCUUGCAGGAAUUCGAAAACCGCGUUUUGAAUUACAGUUCGUACCACGACGGCGAGAAGAGCUUCUUUUUUUGACUUCCUUCCGUGCAUCGGUUCCAAGUGAAACUACCGUGUGUUGUGCAUUUUAAGAAAACGGCUGCAUAAAACAAGCGUUUAUUGUUGCAGCUUUUACUUCGUGUUUGGUGUUUUUAUAACUUGUUCGACCAUUCAAAUUCGAUUUUCUAGCUUACGUUGACGGCGGGAAUUUACUCACCCUUACAGAGACAAGAGACAGACCACGCGGUGCGGCAGUGAUGCCGUCAUGCAGCGGCCUGUGAUUCCUCCGAGUCCCGCCAGGAGCAGCACCAGGUAGCCAGCCCCGACACCCGGAGAUGACGCUGGCUGCAGACGAGGACGCCUCUGAGGGGCGCCCCGACGCCCGGGCGACGCAGUUCCAGCCGUCCAUCAAGUGGCCGGACCUGGGCGUCCAACUGUUCAUCCACCUGGGCUGCCUGUACGGGCUCUACCUGUGCUUCUUCGCCAGGCUCUACACCGUGCUGUGGGCGUUCGCGCUGAUCUACUCGUCGGGGUUCGGCAUCACUGCCGGCGCGCACCGCCUGUGGUCCCACCGCGCCUACAAGGCCACGUGGCCGCUGCGACUGCUGCUGGUGUUCCUGUUCACCAUCGCCGGUCAGAGGCACGUGCACGCCUGGGCGCUGGACCACCGGGUGCACCACAAGUACAGCGAGACGGACGCGGACCCGCACAACGCGAAGCGCGGGUUCCUGUUCUCGCACGUGGGCUGGCUGGUGCUCACGCCGCACCCGGACGUGGUGCGCAAGCGCAGCAGCAUCGACAUGAGCGACCUGGAGGCCGACCCCAUCGUCAUGUGGCAGAAGAGGCUGUACGUGCCGCUGUUCGCGCUGCUGGUGAUCGCGAUGCCGGUCCUGGUGCCGUGGUACUUCUGGGGCGAGUCCCUGUGGGCCUCCUUCUUCAUCGCGUUCAACUUCCGCUUCUGCGUCACGCUCAACAUCGCAUUCUUCGUGAACAGCGUGGCCCACAUGUGGGGCAACCGCCCUUACGACAAGGACAUCAGCCCGGUGGAGAACCUGGCCGUGUCGGUGGCAGCCCUGGGCGAGGGCUGGCACAACUACCACCACGUGUUCCCUUGGGACUACAAGACGGCCGAGCUGGGCGGCUACGCCUUCAACCUGACGACGGGGUUCAUCGACGCGUUCGCGCGCCUCGGCUGGGCCUACGAGCUGAAGUCGGUGUCGGCGGAGAUGGUGCGGCGGCGGGUGGAGCGGUCGGGGGACGGGACCCACGAGCUGUGGGGCUGGGGCGACCCCGACAUGCCCCCCGAGGACAUUCGUGAGCUGGAGGGGUGCAGGCGGCGGGACGACUAGCCCCGCCCCUCCGCGCUUCUCUCGGCGUCGCAUUGGUCUGCCGCUCCCUGAGACCAGGGUGGGGACAUUACCUUUCUGAGUGGUCGGACUCAGGACCUGCCAGCCAGAUGUUUGACCCGCGGCCGAACUGUUGAUGUGGGGAUGGAAGGCGCUCAUUCGGCGCAGUGUUGUCAGACCGGGCCUCUACAAAGUCUAGGAGCCAGUGAUAAAAUAAAUAAAAUAAACUGUAUACAUUCAUGAACAAUUAAGCUUUUAGAUAUUAUUUUAACAUCAAACAGUACAAUACUAGCAAUUAAUGUUAACUUAUUACAGUUUAAUGAGUGAGCUCUUUUUGUGUAAUUGCUUAUUCUUACUAAGUGAAAUUUUACAUCUUGCAUGUGUCUUGUCAAUAGUUUUUGAAGGAUCGAGUCCUUCAUUGGAUAGGUCAUUUAUAUUGAUAACCAUUUUUCGACGUGACAACGUCUAAUAAAUCGAAUAACGCCGGCUGCACACACAAAAAAGUGUCCUGUUGCGCACAUUGUACUGUUACGUUCAUUGUAUGCUUAUUUCUUUUAUUAAUUAAUUUUUUUGGUUAUUUUUCAAUUUUUCCAUUUUCCCAUUUUUUCCAAAAUAAAGAGCAAUAAACAAAAAGAAACAUAAAAGAGAAUUUAAAAAAUAUUUAGAAAUUUUGUUAUCAAGUUGAACCGCCUAACCAACGUGCUAGGGAAUAUACUAUUUUAUGGAGCCAAUUGAACAUUCCAAUUAAACAAUCACUUUCAUUCAAAAAGUUAUAGAUAAAAUAAUAUGUUUGUUAAAGUAAUAAAUAUAUUUGAAUUAAUGAGUGCAAAUAAAAGUAAAUUUAUCAAUUAAAUUGUUGAUUUCAUUUCACUCAUUCUUUGUAUCCAUACAAAAUAGUGAUAAUUCAAUAAAAAUUAUUAAAUUUAAUUCAUAAAAAUAUGCAAUCAUUUCAUCAAUGUUUUGUUAUGAUGUUGUCACGUUAAACUAUCGUCCGUAAACCGAAAUUACAGACAACCAAUUUUUUUAUUCUAACUACACUCCAUUAUAGACGACCUAAACUUGUUUUUAGUGACGUUUAUCUUACUGAACCCUUGUUCGUUGCCUCGCGGUGGGAGUGACUCCCGAUCCGUACCAAGUACUUUAUUUAUCUGUAAGCUCGUUUUGUGCUCGCACCAAAAAUAAAAUAAAACAGACAUUAGUUUGUUUCACCCAGUCAUUUCUGUACAAGAUUUUGUAACAACAAAAUUUUUCAAAAAAUAAUGUUUGGUUAUAUGUUUGUCACCAGCGAGGAAUAUUUAAGCGUCAUGGCACCUGGCGCCUGGAAUUUGUAGAGUCCUCGCUUCCCGACACGGCGACCUGGGGUCUGAGUUUCCCGCGGGACCGAACCAGGAUCUCCACGUUGGCUUGUUGGGUGUCGUUCUCCACUGCCUGUGUGCUUUGUCACUGCUUCCUUUAGGGGCGCGUUCCUUGUGGCCCUUGAUAGAACCUUUGAAUAUAUAUACUGUAUAGAAGUCGCCAGCCCAGGUUAAAAUUUCUAAUACGGUUUUGAGGUAGUUGGUUAAUUCACCGCCGCAAUCGCCACCAUCUCUAGGGCAUCGACUUGUGGUGGUCCCUAGCGGACAAGUGUCGAACUCUUCAACACCACUUCCCCACCCUCCCUCAAACAUGCGUUUUCCUCCACCCACCCUCCACCCCACCUCUCAUUCCUACAGUUUCGUGACGCACAAACUCCCGUUGAAUGACCUUGAGCUGCAGUGAAUGUUUGGUGGGGGUGCGGGGGAAUGACAGCGGGCGACAGAGCUGCGCUCUAACGUGCAAAUAACAACCUAAGACGAUACAGGGCGUUACGGCAGCGCACUGCAGCGGUGAAGUUCCCAAGCUGCUCAUCAUACGCUCCCGAAAAACGUAGAGUAAAUCCUAUCCACUCGCGACUUCCAUACAGUAUAUAUAUAUUCAAAGAUAGAACGGAGGACUGCGAGGGUCCCCAGUCCCACCUGCACGUUCAGUACUCCCCAGCCUUCCCGUCUGGACAGCAACCGGCUGCUCUGCGGGGAGCGUCACUUCACUUGCUUCGUCAGCUUCGGCAGUGGAGCACACCUUGCGAACUGAACCAGAACUGAGCUGAUUCCAGCCUCGCGGUGGGGGACGUUGGGAUGCUUCCAGUUUUGUCAGUGCUAAUGUCCAUUCCGGUGCAGUCGAGUUUUCUGUUACUUACGAACAACUGAAGUGUUUUUUUUUUUCAAGCUUAUCUUGAGCAAAAGUGCAAGAAUGUAUAAUUAUUUUUGUAGUAGUAUGAACUUUGAAUGCAAAUGAAUCAUAGAGCUGUGAGUGUUGUUUUUCACUGUUAUGUAAUCAAAGCUAAUUUAGUGUUGCAAUUUGGAAAAUUCAGUAUAAAAAAAAACUGCAGAACUGUCAGUAUGGUACUUGACAUUUCUGUUGUAAAAUAUGCACAGAAAAUAAACUGUAAUAAGUCUGUAUUUACACAGAUUUAGCUAAGUCAUUCUAAUACAGUGUUAUCAUAAUAUACUACAGUGUAUAAUGGACCAAAGUAACAAAUAUAAAACUUAUAAAUUUUUUGACUGAUAACCUGAAAUUGUGAGUUCCUUCUAAUGCUUUUUUACAUUGUUUUCACAUUUUUUGUAAUAAAAAAUACAUUUUUGAUCUACAAAUGCUCUAAAAUAACUUCACUAUCAAUGUUAAUUAGGCAAAUUUCUGCAUUUUUUCUGUUAAAAAAAUAAAUUUAAAAUAUCUGCCAAACAUUUGAAGCUAUCUUUUCUUUACAGAAUUUAGGUGGUAGAUUUAUAAUUCUACCAGCAGACUAUGUCAGAUGCUAUGAACUAAAACAAAACUUAGUGUUUAUGGGCCUAAAGCUACAUAGUACUUGGUGAUGAUUUAAGUUGAAAUUUAGGAAAUACAGUGAUAUUCCACUACAAAGUAUUGCUCACAUUAAGUAUUUAUUUUAAAUCUCUUCAAGACAUUUUACUUUUAAUAACAGUAAAUUUUGAAGGAUUUUUAUCAUUAAGUAGGUACUAAAAUUGACUGUCUUAUCAAGGUCUGUUGUAAUGUGAAUUCACUGAAAUUGUUUGAAUACAAUCAUUUUAUUGUAAUUUGAAUCGAACAUGCUGAAGUUUUUUUAAUGUUAUAAUUGGUUACUGGCAAAAGUAAGAGAAUGGUUAAAAUAUCUAGUCCAUAUUAUUUUUAUUACAUAAUAUUUAAAAAUUCUUUUUUCAAAGUUCAGGUGUGUUGGAUCAAUGGUUGCAAGUGGUACUCCAUUGUAGGGAAUAACUUGACACCCUCUCAAACUAAAUUUAACUUUUUAAUACUAGACUUUAUAUUUAUCAUUUCUGUUUCCUUAUGUUCUUUUCACACUAAGCUAUUAAAUUAAACUAAAAAAGGUCAUGAAAAUGCCCUGUGCUCUCUGGAAGUAGAAAUAUACAGGCUGAGUCUGAGAAAAUUAAAAAAUUAAAAACUUUUGCAACUGAAUCCUUCUUUGUACGGUUACUCCUGACGACAAGUCUUCGUGCGGCUGCCCUGAUUGGUUUAUUUUACCAACUAGCCAUGGGUCAGGAAAUUGUAUUGAGAGUAUGUAUGGUUAGUUGGCGAAGGAUAUUAUUAUUUAUUUAUUUACAUAUUUAUGUAGCCUAAUUCCUAAUUCAAGAAGAAGGUUAUGGGAAUUUCUGGCUCCUAAGGGUAAAUGGAACUUAUGCCCUUUGAGAAGAUGACCUUCAUGCCUUCACAUGUGUUGGAGGCCCUACACCUGCUCUGCUAUUGAGUAGAAAAAAUUUUAAAUUGUGAUCGAGAACCCUGAACAAAGCAUUUUGCAUGUCAUUUGCCCAUUUAAUAUGGCAUGGUGUUUUAUUGAAUGGUAAUCCCGUGACCUGACCUACGUUGAAAACUGGGCAGCCUUCAUGCAGUAAUGAAACUGACGUUAAUAAAAAAAAAAACUUACGUAUAGAUUACAUUUUCUUUAAAUGUUUUAUGAUGCCUGGCCCUAAAACAAUUAAUACACCAACUUGUAGAGUCCACUGCUAACUGCCUUUCCUAAAUUCCAAAGGUUGAUGUCUCACUUUAAAUGGCUGAAUCUUUAGUGACAUAGUUUAGAGACCAGCAAAAUAAUAAUUAUGUUUUUAAACACGCUCGGGAGAAGUGUAAUGCAGUUUACUCGCUGUAGCUUGAACAGCUAUGAACAAGGUCACGCUGACCAGUCACUAGACAGCAAUCUUACUUCAUCGGCUAAUUAAGAGGUGUGCCUAGUAAAUGGUGUAUCUGUGUCACGCUCGCUGCUGCUUCUAGCGCGGUGUCUCGUGUAUAGGGCAACUGUGAGAUUGAAUAGUAAACACGACAUUAAAUGGCGAGGAAAUGAAGGUAAAUGUGCGAUGCAAGUCCCUGGAGUACUUUCCAGAAUCUGUAACAGGUUUUUUUAAUUCCUAAAGAUUAUUCUGACAACACAUGUUUUUAGUCAUUUUUUUACUCUUGUAAAAAUACAUUUUCAAAAACAAAACCUGAAAAUGGAACUACUCAUCCGUCCUCAGCGUAUUAUUGACUGCUGGAUGUCUUGAAAAGUUUUCAAAUCUCGUGGUUCUAUUCUGAAGCUCUGCAGAGGAAUGAACUAAACGUCUUCAAAACGCAACGCGAGGUAGCUGUCCGUAGCGUGCGCUCGCUGCUAGCCGUGAUCAGUUUGCAGGAGCCGCUACGGAGGUCGACGUCUCGGUGUUCCGGUGGUCACCACCUCGCGGGGUGUGCCUCGGUGCUUGUUCACCAACUCCCCCGGGGCAUGGACGCCUGUUCAGCAUCCGCCACAAAGCACCGACAAGCACUCAGAACAACUACUUUACCACGUGCUUGCCGCCUCCCUCCCUGUCGACCGGCUGGUGAUCAACUCCGGUGUCACGCUCGAGUCUGGCCUGUCGCGCCUGGCUGCCGUGCAGUACCCACAGGGCCUGUCGCGCCUGGCUGCCGUGCAGUACCCACAGGGCCUGUCGCGCCUGGCUGCCGUGCAGUACCCACAGGGCCUGUCGCGCCUGGCUGCCGUGCAGUACCCACAGGGCCGGAUUUACUGCCCGUGGGCCCCUAGGCUGAGUCUGUGGUGCGGGCCCUCUCUAAGAGGAAGGGGGGGGGGGGGGUAUAUUGAGUAUCCCCUUCCAUUGAAACAGUGGGUGCCUCUUGCCUGGGUCUGGGUGGGUAAUUUAUUUUAACUGACCUACAAAACUCAUAGUUUUGAUCAAUUUUCUAUUUUGAAAAAAUUAGUUUAUUAUUAAACUAGACAGUUUAACAAAACAGUAUUUAGAGGUUAAGGAAUUAAGUGACACCAAAAACCAAUGAAAAUAAUCGAAAAUUUCUAAAUGCUGACACAACUCAUAUAUCAGCUUUCCACAGAAGAGUUUAGUUCAGCGCAAUUAAUCCACACAAAACAACUGGACACUAUGUCGACGUGUAUUUUAAGAAUAUAAGAAGAUCCACAUCGCAGUAUUUUUUUUUUUUUUUUUCGUGUCAUGUGGUGCGGGCCCCCAUUUGUGGUGCGGGCCCAUAGGCUACAGCCUAGAUAGCCUGCGCGUAAAUACGGCCCUGGGUACCCAGCUUUCACGCAGUCCAGAACGCCUGAAGCACACGACACACUCCGUUGCCAACCCUCUGGGUUUACAAUGCACGUUACCAAAACAUUACUAGAGAUGAUCUCAAAAGAUUUCAUUUCCAGCUGAAAUCUAUAAUUAGAGGUGAUCUUGGUAGCCACCAAACACAUUGAGAUUAGAUUCAACUGUCCUAAAUUUUCUUGCCUGAGUUAGGCCAGAAUCUAAUCAUCACAUCCUAUUGGAGUUUAACAAAUUAAAAAAAGAGCAUUUCAUGUUUGUUUUUUUAUGUCUAACAAUAUUCGUAACUUUCUUAUUUCAAUAAAUUGUUUUUAAUGGAAUUUCCACAUUUUUUUUUUCAUUUUCUAAAAUUAAUUUUACUGUCUACAUACUAUAGAUAGAUAUUUCUUUAAAACUUUUAUCUUGUAUGUGUGAUUCCAAUUAUUUAAAUGGUUUUAUAAGUUGUUCAGAUAAAUCACUUUGAUGAAUACUGAGCGUGUUGAAAAGUACACACGAGUCAGCUUUGUAAAAAAAAUAAAAUUUAAUUUGGAAGCUUAUAUUGUAGAGAAUAAAUUUUUGUAAGCCACAAAAUUUUUGAGUUAUGAGUAUGCUUUUUCAUGUUUUCAUUGCAUUGGUAAUGGUCAGCAUGUGCUCAAUUAAGCACUAAACACCCUGUGGAACAGCACGUCUCAGAUGUGAAGUUUAUCUUUGUGGAUGAUGAUGGGCUUGUGGGUGUCAACAGCACACAUUUCCUAUCGAAACAACCCGGGUUGUCGACCAUGUUCCUUCCCCUCCCCCCUACUCCUGCCCAGGUUUACAUCUUAACAGCAAUUUUCUCUUGUAUUUUGUUAUGCGAGGAUAUGAGACUAGAAAUCAUCAAACCAGUGUGCAAUCUAAAGUACAAUACUGUAUGUUAUUUUUUGUGUGUUAUUAAAUUGUGAUGGUUUUCACAAUUUUUCCCACUACAAUUUUACUCCUUUUGUCAUUAUUUUAAAUACACUUCUGUAGUAAAAGUGCAGAUUUUAAUGAUGCUUAUGAUGAUACAACUAGUUUUGUGAAUGUUUUGUUAAAUGGUCUGAGACAUGGAAUGUUUUCUUUUACAAAACAAGUGUGUGCAGAUGCACAGAUAUGAUCUUUCGCAGGGAGAACUUGGCCAGUGUGUAAUUUUUUUAACAGCGAUACAGAAUGUCUAAAGUAUCUGCUGUGAAGAUUUUCCGGUCAGAACGCAUACAGUUCGUGCAUUGAAAACAGUUUUCUUGCAGUGUUGUGUCAGGGAAGUGCUUGUUCUUGUGCGUGCAGUGUCUGGCACAAAGCCGUGCACAAGGCUUGUUUGCUCGUCGGAGCCGCACUUAUAAUCAUGUUAGUUUUUUAUUUUUAAAUUUGUGUUGAGUUGUAAGAGUUUAUGUGUUCUGGAAUAAAAAGUAUAUAUUUUUUUCCUAA